AGCGACACCUUGAGGCGGCGACAGGAAGUGUCCAGGUUAGCGAGCCGGUGGCUAACUGUUAGCUAACGCUAGCUGAGCCAGCCCCGUCUGCAGACACGUCUACACAGUCUGCUGCUGGAGCUGCUGGAUACUAGACACAUGUUAAAACUGCUGCUGGAAGAAAUGCUAGCAACGAAUAAGGAUUUCAGUGGUUUUCACACGAACACAAAUUGAGCUCCCGGCCCAGCCAUGUUCGGCACAGAGUCCUCAUUAAGCAUGUUUCUCAACACCCUGACGCCCAAGUUUUACGUGGCUCUGACGGGCACUUCCUCCCUCAUAUCAGGACUCAUAUUGAUAUUUGAGUGGUGGUAUUUCAGGAAAUAUGGGACCUCCUUCAUAGAGCAGGUGUCUGUGAGCCACCUGCGCCCCCUGCUGGGCGGAGUGGACAGCAGCUCCCCCAGCAACUCCAACACCAGUAACGGAGAGGCAGAUUCCAAUCGACAAAGUGUGUCCGAAUGUAAAGUAUGGAGAAAUCCGCUGAAUUUAUUUCGUGGAGCAGAAUAUAAUCGAUAUACGUGGGUAACAGGUCGAGAGCCGCUCACAUACUAUGAUAUGAACUUGUCGGCACAAGACCAUCAAACCUUCUUCACCUGUGACUCAGACCACCUCCGGCCUGCUGACGCAAUUAUGCAGAAGGCGUGGAGAGAGAGGAACCCACAGGCUCGCAUCUCUGCAGCACAUGAAGCUCUGGAGCUGGAAGAUUGUGCGACAGCGUACAUCCUGCUGGCGGAGGAAGAAGCCACCACCAUCAUCGAGGCCGAACGUUUGUUUAAACAGGCGCUAAAAGCUGGAGAGGGCUGCUACCGCCGCAGCCAGCAGCUCCAGCAUCACGGUACACAGUAUGAAGCCCAGCACAGAAGAGACACCAAUGUAUUGGUGUACAUAAAGAGAAGACUGGCCAUGUGCUCCAGAAAGCUUGGCCGGACACGAGAAGCAGUUAAAAUGAUGAGAGAUUUAAUGAAGGAGUUCCCUCUCCUCAGUAUGUUCAACAUCCACGAGAACCUGCUGGAGUCGUUACUAGAGCUCCAGAACUACGCCGACGUCCAGGCCGUUCUGGCCAAAUACGACGAUAUUAGCUUACCUAAAUCUGCAACAAUAUGCUACACAGCAGCCUUGCUCAAAGCCAGGGCGGUAUCGGACAAAUUCUCUCCAGAAGCAGCAUCCAGACGAGGGCUGAGCACAGCAGAGAUGAACGCAGUAGAAGCCAUCCACAGAGCGGUGGAGUUCAACCCUCACGUCCCCAAAUAUCUGCUGGAGAUGAAGAGUCUGAUUCUUCCUCCAGAACAUAUCCUGAAGAGAGGAGACAGCGAGGCCAUCGCCUACGCCUUCUUUCACCUGCAGCACUGGAAACGGGUGGAGGGGGCGCUCAACCUGCUGCACUGCACCUGGGAGGGCACGUUCAGAAUGAUCCCGUAUCCUCUGGAGAAGGGUCACCUGUUCUACCCCUACCCCAUCUGCACAGAGACGGCCGACAGAGAGCUGCUACCCACAGUGUUUCACGAGGUGUCAGUCUACCCCAAGAAGGAGCUGCCCUUCUUCAUCCUGUUCACAGCCGGGCUCUGCUCCUUCACCGCCAUGCUGGCCCUGCUCACACACCAGUUCCCCGAGCUCAUGGGAGUGUUUGCUAAAGCUUUCCUCAGCACGCUGUUUGCUCCUCUGAACUUCAUCAUGGAGAAGGUGGAGAGCAUCCUGCCGUCCAGCCUCUGGCACCAACUCACCCGCAUCUGACCCCCGACAGACCCCAAGACCAGAACCAGAACCAGAACCAGACCCAGGAUCAGGAUCAGGACCCGGAGCCGCCCUCCAUCCAGGACAGAAACAGCUGAACUGAAACCCAGAACGCUGCGUUGGACUGACACACCUUUGUGCCAAGAUUAGCGAGUUAAAAACCAAACUUAACGGACAGACGAGGAGGCAAACAGGCGACAACGGAAUCCAGAAUCGGUUUUGACUUUAUUUGAUAUGUUUGCAUUUUUUUGGGUUUUCAAUCAUUUAAAAGCUGUUCUUUUGUUGUACAAAAAGAGGUGAUCAAUUGCCAUCAUUAAAAAAGUGAAAAGACAAAAAAAUACAAUAAAGGACUUUUUGUGUAUUGCUGCACGCCGGCUUCUUCCCGCCGUUUUGAUUCUCACGCUGUUUUUAACAGUUUAACUGCCUCCACCAGAGAGUCUGAACCACCAGGAGCUCAUUUAAAGAACAAAACAUGGUUGGUUUUUAUUGUUUAUCUGGUGAAUU